UUUUUUUUUUUUUUACAAAAAACAAUGAGUUUUUGAGUGGAUCACAAGUCAGUAUUGGUAACUUUAAGAGCUUUUUUUUGCGGUCCUCCAUUGUCAAGUGACAGCCUUAACCGUUAGUUAAGAGCUUGCCAAAGUAGCUUUUAGAUAACUUACAUGCUGUGUUUGUAAUCGUAUUAAACUAAACUGAGAGGUGUGUGGGAGCUAUUUUGGUGCGUCAAAUAACGUGAGAAGCGUGAAAUCGACACGACAGGUAACAUAACGACUCUUCAUACCGCCUAGCUUCCUUCAAAGUAAAGCCAACGGUAACGGUUAUGAUUUGCGCUAAUUACUAACUGACGUUAGCGUAAAUUGUUUUGUUAAACGACGUUUUGAAAACAAAAACAAUUUGAUUUAAUAGUAUAAUCAACUCCUUCCUGAUAACCGGUAUUUUUGUCUUUGACAGCCUACUUUGUCCUAUUUCUGGCUUACGUUACUGUACCCGAAAAUAUGGUUUUAUUUUGAAACGCACAUCCGGAAGCAGUUUGUUGUUACUGCAGCGUGCUUGACACUGGUCUGUUUGGAGCAUCACAACAUUGUCCUGCUGCUUUGUUCGAGGGACAGAAAGCAUCGCACUUGUCUUCGAUGAAGUGUGUAUGAAACCAGGCAAUGUCCACCAUGGUGUAUCCACGUGAAGAAGCCCUGGAGCGACUGAGCCAGGAUGAGAUUGUCCUAAACACUAAGGCCGUCAUGCAGGGCCUGGAGUCGCUGCGCGGCGAGCACGCCCAGCUCCUCAACUCGCUGCUGGACUGCACCCAGCCGCCCGCCGCCCAGGAGAAGUCAGGGCUGCUCCGCAAGAGUCUGGAGGCCAUCGAGCUGGGCCUGGGAGAGGCACAGGUGAUCAUCGCCCUGUCGAGCCACCUCAGCGCCGUGGAGUCGGAGAAGCAGAAGCUGCGCGCUCAGGUGCGCCGGCUCUGCCAGGAGAACCAGUGGCUGCGGGACGAGCUGGCGGGGACGCAGCACAAGCUGCAGCGCAGCGAGCAGAGCGUGGCCCAGCUGGAGGAGGAGAAGAAGCACCUGGAGUUCAUGAACCAGAUCAAGAAGUUCGACGACGACGUCUCGCCCUCGGAGGAGAAGAGCCAGAGCGCGGGUGGCGGCGGAGGAGGAAGUGGAGGCGACACUUCAAAGGACAGUCUGGAUGACCUGUUCCCCAACGAUGAUGACCAGGGACCAGCACAGCCCAGUGGAGAGGUGGCAGCCCAGCAGGGAGGCUACGAGAUUCCGGCUCGCCUCAGGACGCUCCACAACCUGGUGAUCCAGUACGCCUCGCAGGGCAGGUACGAGGUGGCCGUGCCGCUGUGCAAACAAGCCCUGGAGGACCUGGAGAAGACGUCUGGACACGACCACCCUGAUGUAGCCACCAUGCUCAACAUCCUGGCUCUGGUGUACAGAGAUCAGAACAAGUACAAAGAAGCGGCUCACCUCCUGAAUGACGCGCUGGCUAUCAGAGAGAAGACGCUGGGGAAGGAUCAUCCAGCUGUGGCCGCAACCCUCAACAACCUGGCAGUCCUGUACGGCAAGAGGGGCAAAUAUAAGGAGGCCGAACCUCUCUGCAAGAGAGCGCUGGAGAUCAGAGAGAAGGUGUUGGGGAAGUACCACCCAGAUGUAGCCAAGCAGCUCAACAACCUGGCCCUGCUGUGUCAGAACCAGGGCAAGUACGAAGAGGUGGAGUACUACUACAGACGAGCCCUGGAGAUCUACGAGUCCAAACUGGGAGCCGAUGACCCCAACGUGGCAAAGACCAAAAAUAACCUGGCUACGUGCUACCUGAAGCAGGGGAAGUUCAAAGAUGCUGAGUCUCUGUACAAAGACAUCCUGACCAGAGCACACGAGAAGGAGUUUGGAUCUGUCAACAAUGACAACAAGCCAAUCUGGAUGCAUGCAGAGGAGAGAGAGGAGAGCAAGGGUAAGCGCAAGGACUCUGGCCCAUACGUGGAGUACGGAAGCUGGUAUAAGGCCUGCAAGGUGGACAGCCCUACAGUGAACACAACCCUCAAAAGCCUGGGAGCUUUGUACCGUCGCCAGGGCAAGCUGGAGGCAGCAGAGACGCUGGAGGAGUGCGCCAGCAAGUCACGUAAACAGGGUAUUGAUGCCAUUAACCAGAGUAAGGUGGUGGAGCUGCUGAAGUACGGGGGAUCCGGAGUAGGAGACAGAAGACACAGCAGGGAAGGAAUCAACGGGCCGGGGGGACAGAGGGGGGACAGCGAGGGCGACGACUCGGCCGAGUGGAACGGGGACGGUAACGGGUCUCUGCGCCGCAGCGGCUCCUUCGGGAAGAUUCGUGACGCUCUGAGAAGGAGCAGCGAGAUGCUGGUGAAGAAGCUGCAGGGGAGCGGCCCGCAAGAGCCACGUAACCCAGGAAUGAAGAGAGCCAGCUCCCUCAACUUCCUCAACAAGAGCACUGAAGAGACCACACAGGACGCCAACUCCGGCCUCUCAGACUGCCGGGGACUCAGCGCCAGCAACGUGGACCUAUCCAGACGCAGCUCCCUGAUUGGCUAGGCAGAGACGGGAGGCGGGACUCAGGAGACUCGGAGCGGCCCGGCGAGGAGAGGCUGUUUGCAGCUUGGUUUGAUCAACCAAACACACUUAAAGCAGCGAGAUCAAACACUUGCAGCAUAUUUUUUAAAGAACACUGGGGGAGAGAAAAAAAAAAGCAUUAAACACUAAAAGUCAUCCUGAGACACGUCCGCUGCUGCUUCGCUGUACAAACCGCUGCCAUCCAUCACUAAAGAGAAUAUUUAGGUACACAUUAAUCAGCAUGCUGCUUACUAGAACGUGGAAUGUCUGCACCUGUUUUUGACUCAUAGCACCGUAGCAAACAUGGUAUCCACAACGUGACGAGUCCGUUUGUUCCACCUCCACCCUCAUGUGCAGACAUUCAACCUUAGGUAGGCUAAAUGUACUCCGGUUUCAGUUCAAAGAGAAGCAUCGCACUCUGUAUAUUUCACCAGUAGCAUGAAGUAUUUCCCGAUGCUAACCACCCAUCUGAUGCAUAUCACAGACUUAGACAGGUACUUAGAUUUUAACGGGGAGAGCAGAGGUAUAAAAAGAGAACACGAUCUUUGGGGAUUUUCAAAAAACAACACAUUAGCACUAACCAUUUAAACCUCACUUUUUGCCUUCUUGUUUUUUAUGUAUAUACAGUUUUAAAUUAUUUGAUAUUUCAUUCUUUGUAUAUUGUGCACAUGGUUUCUUUUUUGUUUACACUAUUGGGUUAAAAGAGGGUCUCAGUUGGAGAAAAUGCUACUGAUCUAAAGACUGGAAGAGAAGGAAGGGAAGAGAGGCAGUGAAGAAGUAAAUUAAUGAGCACUUAGUUCAUCGUGUUAAUGGAAAGGUCCAAAAUGCUGAUAAAUUUAGUACCUCAAUCACUGAAAACUGCUGACAUUUUGGAACAAGGUUUCAGUCUAAACUGUUAAACUGCACUUUGAGCACGACAAUACUGUGUACGGUAGUUUCCACUGCGCCCUCUACUGGUCAGGUUUACAGCAGAAAAUGUCUUUUUUCAGAUUAAUUUUCUUGGUGCUACAACAGUUUGUCUUGCAAGACAUAAAAAUACAGGUGCAUCUCAAUAAAUUAGAAUAUCAUAGAAAGUGUAAUUAUGUCAGUAAUUAAAUUCAAAAAGUGGAAAUAACACAUUAUAUAGAUCAAUUACACACAGAAUGAAACAUUUCAUGUCUUCAUUUAUUUAAUUUCUUCUAAUUAUAAUGAUUAUGGCUUACAUUUAACUAAGACCUAAAAUUCAAUGUCUCGAAAAAAAAUUGAAUAUUGCAAAAGACCAAUUUUAAAUAGUAUGUUUAAAUGGAAAUGUUGGCUUCUAAAAAGUAUGCCCAUCUAUAUGGCUCAAUACUUGGUUGGGGCUAUUUGACUUGAACUGCUGGAAAUGGACUUUUCUAUCAUAUUCUAAUUUAUUGAGAUGCACCUGUAAAGAAGGGCCAGAAAAUUAAUUUGAAAAUAAAUGUACGUUUAAUCCUUAAUCAUGUAAUAAUUUAACCCUCCUAAAUACUACCUACUGUACCACAAUAAUCAGAUGUUUUUCUCACUUGGGGUCUCCAGGCUUACAGCCAUAAGUCUGAAUAAUAUUGAAGGAAAAUGCUGUGAAAGAAAUAUUUAAAUAUAAUUUGUUUACAAUCAUUAAACCAGGAUUUUAGAGGCAUAAUCAUCCCUCAUUUAAGAAUAUGGGUAACUCUUAUCAAAGCUGAUGCAGUGCAGCAGCUACAACAUGUUUACUUUCAUUAACGGGAUUCCUCUUGUGAAUUUGUUCUGUUUUUCCCUCAUUUACUGUUGCUGAAAAUGUAUCAUUUUUGUAUGAAACAAUCCUCAGUGUGGCAUUUCUAAUGCUGACAGGACGGAUGGACUGAUGACCAUCCGUCCUCAAGGAAUUUAAUGAUGUGUUUCCUUGUUUUUGGAUCUUGGAGCUUUUAUGUUGAAAAGUACUGAAAACUGAUUAUUUGAAUGUUAAAAUUUGACGUCGAUUGUGGGGUCUGGUGAAGUUUGCACUGGAUUUUUUUUGUGUUGUGCUGUUUGCAAACUCCAAAAAAAAGACCAAUACCAAGAGAACGGUCCGCAGAAUGUACACAACUCAUGUGGAGACGAAAUCAGACUCGGCAAGCUGUGACAUCACUUCCUCAACUGUGAUCAGAUUGUCAAGAAAUUGCUUUUUUUUUCUUUUGCUUCAUUUGUAAGUUUUCCUCCACCCUGGGCCCUAUUUUCCCAUGAUUUUCUUUAAAAAGUGAUUAAUGGGUACAGCAACUUUAGGAAUGAGUCCAGUAUUGAGUGAGAGCACUGCACCGUCAAUGUACACUACCAGUCAAAAGUUUGGACACACCUUAUCAUUUAAUGUUUUUUCUUCA